AUGGACUCGGUGAAAUCUUCUGAUGGACUUGGUGGUGACCACGCGUCGGCGCCUCUAUCUAAAUUCCAGCAGCUCGUGCAGCAGAGGACCGAGCAGGUAUUGGCUGAAAGAAGGGCUCAAGAAGCCCACCGCGCAGAAAUGGAGCGCGCUCGACUCAAUUAUAAACCUCAACAAUCCCAACGUUUCCAGCAGAUGCUAAAGGAUAGGAUUCAAAAAGCAUUGGCUGAGCGAAGAGUUCAGCCAUCCUUUCGAUUACCCAUUUCUACCGAGUCUGACUAUAGAGGGGAUAGUGAGAGGGUUGCCAGCUCUAGUCCGCUUAGCCUUGAAAAUGGCACGCUAGAGGAAAAAAGUUCUACUAUCAACGCGGUGGAGGGACACAGUAUUAGCCCUGAAAUUGUUGCAACCUCAGUCACGGAAGCUAUUUUGCCGACUAGAGGACACAAAGAACCGGAAGAAAGCAACCAAGGCCCACAAAGCCCACAAACUCAACAGGACAAACCAUCAACAAUUCUUUUGCAGCAGCAAACUUCUAACCAACAACGAGCUCGAGUCCCUCACAUCCAACCACGGUCCGCGACAGAUCCAAGAGAACUCGAACAAUUACCGUCGCCUCACCAGAAAACUCUAGGAACAAAAAAGAGAAUGGAUUCUCUAACUACGGUAGCUAUCUAUCAGCACUCUAACGGAGACUCCAAUGGGGCAAUAAUGCAACUUGCAGUUCCGGAAACUCAAGAGGCCCAAUGCACCAAAGCGACGCCAGAAGCUCAGGAGACUUUGGAGGCUCCUACGAAGAGAAUAAAAAAAUCUACUUCACCAAAAAACAACCCUGCUUGUACCUGUUCGAUCUCUACGAAAUGUGAGGUUGCGGCUGCCAACGGGGUUAAGGACUGUCGUGCAAUUGCACGGGGUGUAAUUCAAAAGAGCAUCUCCAGAUCGAAAUCUGCCCGGUCGAACUCAGAGAUACUUGAAAUUCUAUCACUGAUUAAGAAGAUUGAAGCAAGAACCGAUCUCGAGAGGACCAUUCCCCGUCUAAGAGACCGAAUCCACUUCCUUGAGCUCUACGAGAUACCCGAAUCAUCUAUCGAGUCCAUGAAAGCUAAAUUUCUCGAUCCAAAUAAUGGGCUACCUGCCAUCAUCAGAAACCAUAACUCAAUUCCAUGGGACAUCAGGCUCGAUUGCUCGGCAAUUCUAAAGCGAAUGGAGGAAGGAAACUUCCACGUCGACCUUUCACGUGGCAUUCUAACAAAGCGAACUUUUAGAGAAAACGGAAAAAGCUCAGUCUCUCGAGUUCUUGACAAAAAUUACCCUUUUAAACAGUCUGCCUUUGUUGUCGGAGAUAGACACCUACGCAAUGGCCAAUGGUUUCCUUGGCAAAUUUGUGCUUUACGCGAUGGCGCACAUGGAGAGAUUGAGGGCGGAAUUUCUGGAAAUAAAGUAACUGGCGCUGUCUCCAUUGUUCUCAGUUCCUCUGGUGGAGGUGGAAACCAGAUGUAUGCGGAUGUUGACCAGGGAGAUACCGUAUGGUACUGUGGAACGAGAGGCAAGAAUGGAGAAGUCUCUGCAAACACAGCACUGCUUCUCCAGGCUGCUGGUAGGAAGAGUGACAUCCGUGUUCUUCGAAGCUCCAAGCUUCCCAAGGUGAACCCCUACAGACCCUCUGAAGGAAUGAGGUAUGAUGGUCUGUACAAAAUCUGCAGCUACGAGAUUCUCGAUCAAGAGACUGCACUACAUCGGUUCAAGCUUGAGCGUGUUGAAGGUCAAACCCCCAUUCGAUACAAGGGGCCUGAAGUUCGUCCCACUGCCCGUGAAGUCGAAGAGCUGCGCAAAGCUUACAGACACAAUGCUGAAUCCAAGCCAGCGAAGGAACCCAAGAUGAAGCAGCCUGCUGCUGCACCACCAGUGGUUGAACAGAAAGCAUAA